GAAGUCUCGGGGUGGGAGGGGGAGAACACGGAGUUCCGAGUCCAGCCUCGCUCUGGCUCUGGGGCUCCGCCCUUGCCCCGCCUUCCGCGGUGAGGGGGGCGGAGAGCACGGCCUGAUGCGUCCUCUUAUUGGGCGGCGCCGAGGGCAGGGGGCGUGGCCUGAGGCUGCCUAGAUCCCCUCACCAUGGCCUCGCCCCUGUCAUUGGGCCAAUCGUCCGUCACCGGCAGAGGACACGACCAAGAUGGCGGCAGGGAUAGUGCGAGGUGGGCUCGCCGGCUGCGGGCAGCAGGUGGCCCGGCUGCUGAGGAGACGCUUCCAUCGCUCGGCGCCCGCCGCGCUGCAGGUGACGGUCCGAGAUGCCUUGAAUCAGGGGAUGGAUGAAGAACUGGAACGGGACGAGAGGGUCUUCUUGCUUGGAGAAGAAGUUGCUCAGUAUGACGGGGCCUACAAGGUCAGCCGGGGGCUGUGGAAGAAGUAUGGGGACAAGAGAAUCAUCGACACACCAAUAUCGGAGAUGGGCUUUGCUGGGAUUGCUGUCGGGGCAGCUAUGGCUGGAUUAAGGCCCAUCUGUGAAUUCAUGACCUUCAAUUUCUCUAUGCAAGCAAUUGACCAGGUUAUAAACUCAGCCGCCAAGACUUACUACAUGUCUGGUGGGCUUCAGCCUGUGCCCAUUGUCUUCAGGGGACCUAAUGGUGCUUCAGCUGGCGUGGCUGCCCAGCAUUCCCAGUGCUUUGCAGCUUGGUAUGGGCACUGUCCUGGAUUAAAAGUGGUCAGUCCUUGGAGUUCAGAGGAUGCAAAAGGUCUCAUUAAAUCAGCAAUCCGGGAUGAUAAUCCAGUUGUGGUACUGGAAAAUGAGCUGAUGUAUGGAGUUCCUUUUGAAUUUCCAGAUGAAGCUCAGUCAAAAGAUUUCCUGAUUCCUAUUGGAAAAGCUAAAAUAGAAAGGCAAGGAACCCACGUUACAUUGGUUUCCCACUCACGACCUGUUGGCCACUGUAUGGAAGCAGCUGCCAUAUUAUCUAAAGAAGGAGUAGAAUGUGAGGUGAUCAAUAUGCGGACCAUCAGACCAAUGGACACACAAACCAUUGAGGCCAGCGUGAUGAAGACCAAUCAUCUCAUCACCGUCGAAGGAGGCUGGCCCCAGUUUGGGGUGGGAGCAGAGAUUUGCUCAAGUAUCAUGGAAGGUCCUGCAUUUAACUUCCUUGAUGCUCCCGCUGCCCGCGUCACGGGUGCCGAUGUUCCAAUGCCUUACGCAAAGCUGCUGGAAGAAAACUGUGUCCCUCAGGUCAAGGACAUCAUCUUUGCAGUCAAGAAGACACUGAAUAUCUAACGUGUGGUUUGGCCUUGAAGCCCCUGGGAGGAAUUCUUGCGUGUAAUACUGCCUCAGAGGCUAGGACUUGCCAAGCUCACCUGUCCUCUACUGACUCUAGAACCAUAAGGCCUCCGGAUACCAUUUUGUAUGAGGAAAGGUGUCAAAGCAUUGGGGUGGACACACUCCCGCCAUCUCCAUCCCAAGACCCACACCCUUUUGUGUCUGUUACAGUUAGGUUCUUUCUGCUCCAAAGAAAACUAGUCCAUUUGAUGUUUCUGCCUCCAGUACCAGCAGGACAGUAUGGUGGUGGCACUGAAGGAACCCUGGCCAGCAAUUUGACUGAUAGUUAACUUAUCACUACUAAAGGAAAACAUGGUCUGACUCUGUUGGGUUCUAUUUUGAUAAGUAAUAAAUACCUUCUGGUUCUGGUCA